AUGGCUGGUCGUGGUUUCUGCGUCGGUAUCGGUGAGUAGUCGCGCCGAGUAAGCCACGCGCCUCGGUACGUUCAUGUCGCAGGGGGAGCAGGAGCGGGGCGUUGGUCGCGCCUGCUCGCUUGGUCUGCGCACGUCGCCUGCGCAUCUCGCAUCAGCAUCACGACAGGACAAAGAGGGGGCGUAGCCAUGUUUGGCUAGCAUCCACCACUUUACGCAUAGUAGAUGGAUUCCUUUCAGCCAUGCGCAGUACUCUGUCCAGUAUACUCUACUGAAAGGUAGCCAUGGCAUCCCCUGUCUCGCUCGUGCUUUCCCUCUCUCCGCCUGCUAGGCGGGCGCAUCAUACUUCGGGGCUCGUGGCCGAUGUGUGCUCGAUCAUGCUCUCUGACGCUUUGAUGAUCACUUCAUGGGGUGCAGGCGAAAUCCUGGCAUUCGCUGCUCUGGUCUUGACCAUCCUGUGAGUCACAUGAGAUCGUUCCACUUGCGCGAAUGCCACAUAUCACUUAAACGCUGGCCCUUCUGCUUGCACUGCGCAGUGUCAACAUUGGACAAAUCUCUCAGAACAUCGUCUCUCGCAACAUCUACUACGCCGAGCUUGACCUCACAAACUUCGAAGCUACUCUCCGAGCCCAGGCGGGUUCUGCUGGAGGUGUCUCUGGCGUGUACGCGAGCGAUCAAUCGUCUCCUCUUGGCCAGAGCCAGGGUCUGCGCAACACCUAUCAGUGGGGUCUUUACAACUACUGCGGAGGCCAGAACGAGGACCAGAACCGAGCCUGUGUGGACAGCAGUUUCGGAUCGGGACGCUUCCAGCCAGCAGAGACUAUGUCAGUGUAGAUGACCUUGUGCUUGGGGCAUAUCACGAGGCAAGCUUUGACGUGACGUUCCACGCCCCUCCAUCACAGUUACGCCGACCUGCCCACCGAGUACCAAAGCCUUUUCAACCAGACCGUCAGCCAAGGCACAUUUGCGGACAGCAGCUACCUUGGACGUUUCUCACACGCGGCCUUCUACCUCGUGUUUGUCGGCACCGUGCUAGCAGGCGUGACCUUCUUGGUCGUCUUUCUGGCGCACCGCUUCGCGUUCCUUUGCGCGGCGCUUACAGCUCUGGCUGGAGCGGCGUGCAUCGGUGCAGGCGCUGCCAUCUACACCGCCAUCCUUGUCAAGGCGCGCGACUCGAUCGAGAACCUUGGCGGAGCAGAGCUCACCCUCAACAACGCUCUUUGGAUGCUAUGGGCAGCGUUUGGCUCUCUUGCACUUGCCAUCGUGCCCUUGAUCCUCUCUUGCUGCUUCGGACGCAACAAGUACUAG